UGACGUGUAUGCGUGCGACGAGCGGAUUGUGCGUGAGGACCAUGAUGGAGUUGGAUCAAAGUUGUUCAGUUUUAAGGGAAUAUGGAAGUGAGCAGAGUUUGUUAUCAAGACCUGACGGCUCUUCUACUUUUGUUCAAGGGGAUACUAGUAUUCUGGCUGGAGUUUAUGGACCAGCUGAGGUUAAAGUCAGCAAGGAAAUCUAUGAUCGUGCGACUGUAGAGGUUCUCAUCCAGCCAAAAAUGGGGCUUCCAAGUGUCCGCGAGCGGGCACGAGAGCAGUGUGUGCGCGAGACCUGCGAGGCGGCUCUUCUGUUGACGCUUCAUCCUCGCUCUUCUCUCACUGUCAUCCUGCAGGUCGUCCACGAUGAUGGCUCUCUGCUGUCGUGCUGCCUGAACGCCGCCUGUAUGGCUCUAAUGGAUGCAGGGCUUCCCAUGAGCCUCCUGUUUUGUGGCGUGACCUGCGCUAUUAGCAAAGAGGGCCAGAUAAUCACAGACCCCUCGGCUCAGCAGGAGAAGGAAAGUCGAGCGUUGUUAACAUUUGCCAUUGAUAGCGUUGAGCGCAGUGUUUUGAUGGCAUCAACUUCAGGCUCGUUUUCAGUCCACGAGCUGCAGCAGUGCAUCGCAGUCAGUCAAAAGGCUUCUGAACAGAUCUUCCAGUUUUAUAGGGAUUCUGUCAAACGGCGAUAUUCAAAAAUACAAUAAAACAUUAUGGUUAGGAUUUUUACUUUGAGUUUGCAUUGUCAUUUCUUUACUUAUUUUCACUAUAAUAACUUGUUCUGCCCCUAAUAGUCAACUAAACAUUAGUCGAUGAGAAGAGGCGAUAUGUUGAGAAGAUAUUUUGAAGAAUAUUGGUAAUCAGACAUUUAACAGUUGCUGGGAAAAAAAUACUGAAGUCUGGUUCCCUACUUUCUUCAAAAAAUAUAUAUUUUUUGUGUUGAACAGGAUAAAGAUGGCCAAAUGUUUCUUAUUUUGUUUACAUAUCAAAUAUUUAUUAUUUAGUAUGGCCCUUCAUGAUCUUCUAUUACCUUGAUCUUCAGAAAGGAAGAACGUUGGGCAGUUUCACUGUUCAGGACAAGCAGGGGACUCCAGAACAACCAUCACAAAAUAAGUCAUUUUUAUAAAUUCAGCUAUUUUUUUGUUGUUGUUUUUGUCUUGUAGAUUAUAUGUAAACAACUUUUAUGUAAAAUAUCUUUUUCAGGACAGUACUAAAUCAAAAAUAACAUGCAUUUUGUAUGAUCCCUCUUGUUAAAAUUACAUUUCAAGGGGUUCACAAACUUUCAAGCGCAGCUGUAUGUUUCUAGAUGUUUUUUUUUAACACAGUAAAUUAUAUUGUAAUAAAACUGGAUGAUUUUC